AUGUGCGUUACCAAUGAGCGUCUAUGUCGAGUUACAUCAAUUAGGCAUAGUUUAGCUUUGGUUGGACUUUGUAGUGUUGCAGCUCCAAUGUCGAAUCUCACGACGCUCAGUUUUGCUAUAGAUUCCCUUCCUGUUAAUGUAUAUUUGUGUUGGCUGGCAUAUAAAUUUUACUCCGCUCCUGAUGCUAGCAACUCACGACGCUUGCUCUACUUACCGUUGAUAAUGAUUUUAAUGGUUAUAAGUAACUACGGACGCAAUUUCGAGCAGAAAACCAUUUCUGGAGUGUAA